AUGCAAGAUAAAUCAGUUCUAGCUGAAAUGGAGUUUAGAAACAGUUUGAACAGACUGACUUUAGAUACCCUAAGGGUACUUUGUUAUGCAGAAGGCCUAUCUAGUUUAGGGUCUAAGAAGAAGCUAGUAGAAAGGUUUGCAUCUAGAACAUUAAGCAAGAUUAAAGGUAAAGUUGUAGAGAUAAAUAAUGUUGGUUAUUUAAAUGAGGAACUUGAUAGCCAAGUUGAAGAGAGUUUUAGAGCAGAAAAUCGCAACAAUUUGGAUAAGAAGAAGUUGACAGAAGAGAAGAGAUAUAUGUUACUAGAAAGGUCUCUAGAAAAAUCCUUACAAGCUAUAUUGUUAAAAGCAUUAGAGAAGUUAAAGCAAAAUCUGAAUGGGAUAGGAAAUCAGGAUGAGGAUAGAUUAUGGCCAGAAGUUAAGAUGAAUAGGUUAAGAGAUCAGUUUGAAUAUGAUAAGUGGUGA